GGAUCCAAAUAUCAAGUUGCGUGCGCAGUCACCGCCAUCUUUGAAACUCAGGAGGUGUGCACCAUCAACAGUGCAACGACGUGCCUCCUCUUACUUAUUUUAACGUUAGAUACCGUCCCACAAACUGCUUUGGCCAAAUAUGGCUAACCGAAAUAUGCACCAAGCGACUAUGCAAAGCGGCAAUUCCCCUCAACCGGUGAAAAGCGGGAGCGAAUCCCCGGCUGCUCCGUCACCGGCGAACAAAGACAGCCCGCAUCCGCAGCAGCAGUCCCCCGCAGCCGGGGGAGCCGAAGGAGCCGGCGGAGAAGCAGAAAGUGUCGAAGAGGCACGGGAGGAAAUGACCUUUGACAUCAAGAGUUUUCGGAAGCCCGGCGAGAAGACGUUCACGCAGCGCUCGCGCCUUUUCAUCGGGAAUCUCCCGGCGGACCUCCCGGAGGAGGAGUUGAGGAACAUGUUCGCCAAGUACGGGAACAUCGGCGAGGUCUUCAUCAACAGAGACCGGGGCUUCGGCUUUAUCCGCUUGGAGACUCGCACGCUGGCAGAGAUCGCUAAAGCCGAGCUGGACGGGAGUGUUGUGAAGAAUCGACAGAUCAGGGUCAGCUUUGCCACGCACACGGCCGCCCUCACCGUGCGCAACCUGUUGCCUUCGGUAACAAACGAGCUGCUGGAGCAGGCGUUUUCCGAGUUCGGGCCGGUGGAACGGGCCGUCGUCGUGACGGACGACCGCGGACGCCCCACCGGGAAGGGCAUCGUGGAGCUGGCGAACAAAGCGGCCGCGCGCAAAGCCCUCGAGCGCUGCACGGAGGGGGCGCUGCUACUGACCACCACGCCGUGUCCCGCCAUCGUGGAGCCUUCGGAGCACUUCGAUAACGAGGACGGACAGCCAGAAAAGUCGCUGCAGAAGUCUGCGGCGUACUAUAAGGAACGAGAGCAGAAGCCCCAUUUUGCUCAGCCGGGGACGUUUGAGUUUGAGUAUUCGUCUCGCUGGAGGGCUCUUCACGAGAUGGAGAAACAGCAAAAAGAGCAGGUGGACAAGAACAUCAAGGAGGCACAGGGGAAACUGGAGGCUGAGCUGGAGUCGGCCAAACAUGAACAUCAGCUCAUGUUAAUGAGACACGAUCUCAUGAGACGUCAGGAGGAGCUGAGGAGACUGGAGGAACUCCGCAACCAGGAGCUGCAGAGAAGAAAGCAGAUAGAGAUGAGGCACGAAGAUGAGCGGAGGAGGAGAGAGGAGGAGAUGAUGAGACACAGAGAACAGGAGGAUCUGAGACACAACCCAGAUGGCUUCAAACCAAACUACGUGGAUAAUAAGGAACAGGAAAUGAGAGUGGGUGAGCUGGGCCCUCGUGGAGCCAUUAAUUUGGGAGAUGGCUUUAACCAGGGCUCCCCGGGGCCCGCUGGCAACCAGGGUCAAAUGAUGGGCUUGAGCGGAAGGGGAGGAGCCGUCGGCACGGAGGGGGCUGGAAAUAUGGGGACAGCAGUCAUGUCAGAGAAUAGAGCCAUGCGGAAAGACCGAUACCCGCAGGCUGGAUCGAUGGGGGGGCGGCCAGAAGUUGAGUCUCCAAAGCCGCAACAACAACAACAACAGCAACAACUGCAGCAACAACAACAGCAGCAACAACUGCAGCAACAACAACAACAGCAGCAACAACUGCAGCAACAGCAACAACAACAGCAGCAACAACUGCAGCAGCAGCAGGCCGCACUGGGCCCUCAAGCCCAAGGGAGGGGGAGUCCGGUCGGGGGGGCCUUCGAUGGGCCGAACAAUAAGCGCCGCAGAUGUUGAAUCCCAUGUGACACGCUGCCCGUGGAUCCUUGAACUACAGGACAACGCUUCUGAACAAUCAUUCCCAAAGUUUAUCCACAAAGUUUUCCCCCUUUUACGUUUUCGGAACAACGUUUUUUUGGGGGGGGGUUUUCUGGACGAGCACUGUUGUCUUGGAGACACUUUUCUAACGCUGCUUAGUGGGAUUGUUCAAUAAAGACAAAUUGGACCAAACCACAAGGUUCAACUCUCAGACAGAAGGGUUCUUUUUCCUUUGAGCUCCCUCGCCCUGCUGAUGAGUCAUGAAGCCAGUGGCUGCAGCGGGGCCUCGUGUAUGUGAUGGUUAACACAAAUAAAACAUUUGUAGGAAGUCCUGUCUCUGUGAUUUCAAAGAAUUCAGUUCUUCAUGGUGUUAGUUGUGUGUAACUUAUGACGGUAAUCCUGAUGAAACGACUUAACAUCAUGCAGUUAUCAAAAACUGUGACUGUUCAAUUGGGGUGUGUGUUAUAUUUGUGUGUACUUCCAUCUGAUCACUGACAAUCAUUUUAAAAAGAGGCUUUUCCUCCUUCAGGUUUUUAGUCGGAUGCUGGAAGUUGGUCAGGAAAAGGAAAACGUUUUCAUAUAUUUAUUAACUAAAGUGCCGACAAAACAUGACAUGAUAUCUCAUGAGCUAAGAAAUCAGCCAGUUUUGCUUCUGCAUAUAAAGAUCACACCUUUUAAAAUCGGCAUUCAGUUUUUUAUACAUUUUCUCCAUAUUUUGAAGAUUCCAAACUUUGUUUAAGUACUUGCUGAAAGACAUUUUUCUGUAUUUUGCACACUUUUGCACGAGAGCAUCUUUUGGUGUCAUGCUCAGUGUUACAGAAUGUAUAUAUAUAUAUUUUUUCUCUUACAGGUCCGGUUUGUUUCCUCCCUCCAGUAAAGCAAUAAAAGCAAUAGGUAAGUACCUACACACACACACACACACACAAACAUAAAUAAAAAACAUCAGUGGUUCAGCUGAGUUACAUUCUCCUAAAGUUGGCCCUGCUGUCAAUUUGACAAAUGUGUCACUCCACAGGUCUGUUUUUCCACAUCGUAUCACAUCCAUAUUAAAUAAAAAAUGAUUUCUAAACCCACUCUCUAAUUUUGUGUUGACGUGACUGUAGCCGAUGGUCCUGAUUCUCAUUCAAGUGGCCGUGAACUUGGUCUCAAUCUCUUUGUCCGCUGGGUUCUGGUUGUUGGUUCCAUCCUGUUUUAGGAGUAUCUGCAGUGGGGAGGGGGUUGCAGCAAAGAGGUCGUGAGGCAGCGAGGAGGGGCGCGCUGCUUUUCUGUGCCGUGCCCAAGGCUGUUCAUUACCAACACCAUGGGAAGCUCGCGUUCCGACCGCGACAAACGAGGCGCGUCUCGGCGAUGGUCUCUUCCUCCGGGACACUGGGCUCGUUAAUGGGAUUUCUCAUUGACCCGCAUCCCCAGCGGGCGGCGGGACAGUGAGCCCGGCGGCUGGAUGGACAACAUGUCUCCGCAGCAGCAACAGGACGUGCACCGCCGAGGCGGGGGCGCACCGCAGGACAACAGACCGAGGAUGAAGUCUCAGAGUUACCGGCGCCAGUCGGCCCCGUCGCUGGUCAUCACCAAAGCUCUGACCAGGUCCAAGACUCU